AUGUUGAAGGUAUUGGAAACGCUUGAUGCUGUGGUUGAUGUUGGUGGAGUUUAUGAUCCAAGUCGAGAUCGAUAUGAUCAUCAUAAGAAGGGAUUUGAGGAUGUUUUUGGAUUUGGCUUCACUACUAAGCAUAGCAGUGCUGGUUUAAUUUACAAGCAAUUUGGAAAGGAAAUCAUUGCAAAAGAAGCUCAACUUGACAAAGAACAUCCAGAUGUCCAGAGGUUGUACUUGGCAGUUUACAAAAACUUCAUAGAGAGGGGAAUUCGCGAUUUAGUUCCAACGAUUCAGAAUGAAUGUGAUCUUAUUUGGAAGUCUCACUUAUUUGAGCUUGAGGAGGAGUUGAAGAUUGAUCCAACAAUUAAAUAUGUUCUGUUUCAGAUCCAGUGGUUCGUGAUGCUACAAACGGGCUACGAGGGAGUCACGGAUGCUCAGACAUUGUCUCAAUGUGUUGUCCAUACUGAAGAUACAGAGGUAUUGAGAGACUAUUCAGUUGUUCAUAUGGAGGCACAACGGUUUCUGGCAUCUGAUUGA